AUGCCACUAACAUGCCACCCGCGACAAGACGAACCUCACGGCUUUUGCAGCGCGGAAUAUCCGGUCACUUUUCGUGUUGCCAAGCGCGAGAACUCCAGUUGCGGACCAGGGACGGCGGUCUCCAUUCUCCAUUCUCCAUUCUCGGCUCUCCAGGCUCCAUGCUCCGCGGGCCGUGUGAUCCAAACAAACAAUGCACGUUUUGUGUGCAGGACGGACCACGGGCUGGUCGGCAACCAGUGUGUGUACCUUGCGAGACGGGAGCGUACCGAUGUGGAUUCGCCAGGCCGAGAUAUGGAUAUGCACCAUGACCGCCGGAGGCCCGGUGAUGCAAUUCAGCAUUCAGCCUUACUCUGA